AUUCAAUAACUUUUGUAUUAUGAAGAGUUCUGCAAUAAACAUGACUGCAGGUAUCUUUUUUGUAAAAUGAUCUGUAGAUUGCUUAUAAAAGCAAUUUUACAUGCAUUACAGAAAGUCAAAACAUUGAAGUUAAAUUUAACUAAAUGAAGCAACAUAUUUUAAUCACCACUGAUAUAAUCUUUAUUAUAUUUCCUUCCAGAUAUACAAUUUUUGUACAAUAAUGAGAUUUUGUAUUAUGUGCUUUUUGUUAGCUUUUUGUCUGUUAAGAGUUUCCAUCUUUGCAAUAUAAUAAAUGUUAAAAUUAGCUAAUAUUCAUUCUAUAUUCAGAUUGCCCCAAUUGUCUUCUUUCACUGUCUUUACAGCAUUCCACCCAAAUCAGGAUCUAAUCCAGGCCCAGACCUUGCAUCUAGUGGUUAUGCCCCUGAAGUCUCUUUUGAUUCGCACAUUCCCUUUUUCCUCUGAUACUGACCUGCUGCCCUGCAGAAUAUCUCACUUUCUGGAUUUGUUUAGUUCCUUUUCAGUGAAGUCAUUUAGUUUAUUUAUCUUCUUUAUUGCCUAUGUGUAGGUUAGAUUAAAUCUAAAUAAUUGGUGGUGGCUUCUAUUGAAUAUUUUGAGCCAGAAUACAUCCUAGCUAGGUAUGCCAUAUAAACUCUAUUGCCUCAAUCAGGAGAAACAUCUAGUUGAUCCAUCAUUAGGGAUGCUAUGCUUGAUUAUGGGUCUAGGGUCUUGCUUCUUUUUAAUAGGAUCUCAGGCUGACACAAUAGGAACAUGACUCUCACAUCAAUGAGUUCCACUCAUUGUUACCCCCUCCUCCACCACCAUCUCCUACCAGUCCUCAUUCCCCUGAACAGACCUUCCAAGCAAGAAAGACAAAAGGGAAUAAAGUAUAGUAAAAGGCCCAGCAAUAAAACUGGAAAGUUUAAGUCUUUUGGCUCUUAGUCUGAAACUUCAUUCUAAAUUUACUAUACUUGAUAUAAGCAGGCAGGGUCCAUGUCCACAUUAGAUUUCAGUCUUCCCAGCUGUUGUCGGGGUCAAAAUAGCAUGGCUUUGGUAUCUUAUGCAGACACCACAAGGCAGCCUGCAUAAGAUACGAAUGUUCUCCCAAACAACUUUUGAAAAAAACAUAAGCUGAUACAGAAAGCAGAUUCAACCAUCUUGUAAACUGAUCACACCAAAAUAUGAACUUUGCUUUUUUUGACUCAUUAUGCAAAAUUGAGAAAGAGGAGUCACAACUAUACUGUGUGGAAUUUAGCCUGGGAGAUGAAGACCACCUAGAUCCUGCUUUCGUUCUUUGCUUUGUUUGUUCCUUAACCAAUGACAAGAUACAACCUUGGUCAAAUAUUUUCACCAUCUUAGUUUCAGUUUUCGUAUCUGUAACAUGGGGUAUAUGACACAGUGUACAGUUGUCAUGAGGAUUUAACUACAUCUGUGAAGCACCUACAUUAUAGUAACUCCCAGUUCCCUUCUCCUCUCAUUGGCAGGGACUGAGAUUACUGAUAUGCUUCCCGCCAUGCCCAGCACUGGUUCCAAGUGGGACUGGGUCUGCAGGUGGCAUUUACUAGUAUAUAUAGCAGAGAAAGCUGGAGAAAAUUGGAGUAGAGGGAUGGAGGCAGAGGCUGACCACUGUUAUUAUAUAAGCUAAAAUUUUAUUAGAAGUGUAUGAUAAAAAAUGUGCUAUGACAUAUAACCUUUUAAGAUAACCAUGGACCUCGAAUUUUGUUGUUUUUUAAUGUAUUUGGGACAUUAAAGGCAAAUUCAGUCAUUUAGGGCCCAGGACCAGGAAUAAAGUCAUCUGUAUUGGAUCUUGACAUCUUAUUAUACCUCUCAGGCACAAUACUUGCUCAUACACACUAUUUUAACAAAAUCAGUGAGAGAUGUCCAUUUUAUGAUAUUUUAGGCACUUCAUUUAGCUUUUCAAGUGGUAAGUCUGAAACCUAUAUGUCCCUAAUAAUGCUUACAGUCCUAAUGAAUGUGGGCCACCAUUGCUAGUUUUAAAGGUAUGUGUUUGUUGGUGGAGAAUAUCCACACCUCCAAUUAACAUUUGGAAUGUAAAUAACAUUACAAACAUUGUGAAUAAUCUUUAUUUUUCUGAUACAUUUGAUAUUACUGAAGGCUAGUAGUUGUAUUGAUUAUAAAUGGACUCUGGGGCACACAGACCUAAGUUUGAAUUCCAGGUUCCCCACUUACUAGCAGUGUGACUUAAACAAAGUUUAGACCCAAAAGUUCACCUUGCCUCUGGGAAUCUUGGCUUCUCAUUUUUAGAAAAGAACUGAUUAUUGUAACUACUGCAAGGCUUGUUGUGAAUAUUAAAUGAGAGAUAGCAUAAAUGAAACAUGGCAUCUGGUGCAUAGUAAGUAUUCAAAAGUUGGUUGCUAUUUUAAUUAUCAUUAUUAUUUUUCCCAAGGGAACACAAUUUACAAAUGUUCCUUUUCCCUGGAAUCUUUAUCCCAACUCUGAUUCUCAAUGAUUUACUACUGUUAGUCCAAUUGGUGAGAAAUCAGUGGGGAGACCAAGCAUUGUAAUUUCUGCCCAUGAGGUCUAUAGAGGGAAUUCUUUUCAAUAGCUCUAAUUAAUGAGUUGGCAAGUCUGAUAAAGCACCAGAGAAUGGGGAGAGAAAGGGGUGUUCAUAGAAAGUGUUAGUGUUUUUGUUUAACGUAUGUGACACUUGAAGCAUUAGGAUGCCGUCAUUAUGGCACGUGCCACCUCCCCACUCCCCAAAAUUACCAUAACUUGUACCUUCCAAAUUGAAUAGAGUCAUUCAUAGUUAUCACAUGGGAGCUUCUGUUAAACCUAAAGGCCACACGUAAUGUGAGUACAGUGGGACUGCUGGAUUCAAAAUAUCUCUCUUUUCCCUAGUAUUCACUGACUAUUCUGCAUGUAAUAAAGGGUAUUUAAUGCAUAUUAAGUUUUUCAUAACUAAUGUGUCUUCUGAAGUUUAAGCAGGUACAGAAAGUGAAAGUAAACAUAAUGCCUCAUUUCUUGGUAAUGAAUUUUUCAAGUCUGUAUAUAUCACCUACAUUGUACAAGUCACAGAUGCAAACGGAAGAAUUAACAGCUUUAUUUUAACAUCCCCAAAUCUCUUAACUCCAGUACCUUUAUGAAUUAUUAUGUUUUUUGGUAACUUCUUAAGAAUAAAUGCUCAUUAUUGGUGGCUUUGUGUAUAAAGAAUUAAUUCAACCAGUCCAACUGCCCUUAUGUUAUUCUGUGUGUUACUCUAAAGACUAAGAUUUUUUUAGGUUAGGGAGAGAUAUGUAUAGAGCCUCAGAGUCAUCAAUCCCUACAAAUGUUUUUUUGCCUUUUCUGCUUUUUCCUAGAAAAACCAGCAGACACCCCCUCUGAGGAAGAGGACUUUGGUGACCCAAGGACAUACGACCCAGAUUUCAAGGGGCCUGUUGCCAAUAGGAGUUGUACAGAUGUUCUGUGCUGUAUGAUCUUCCUACUGUGUAUUAUUGGCUACAUUGUUUUAGGACUUGUGGCCUGGGUACAUGGGGACCCCAGAAGAGCGGCCUAUCCUACAGACAGCCAGGGCCACUUUUGUGGCCAGAAGGGCACCCCCAAUGAGAACAAGACCAUUUUGUUUUACUUUAACCUAUUACGUUGUACCAGUCCCUCCAUGAUGCUAAACCUACAGUGCCCUACCACACAGAUCUGUGUCUCCAAGUGCCCGGAAAAAUUUUUAACCUAUGUGGAAAUGCAACUUUUAUACACAAAAGACAAGAGCUACUGGGAAGACUACCGUCAGUUCUGUAAGACCACUGCUAAGCCUGCAAAGUCUCUCACACAACUUUUACUGGAUGAUGAUUGUCCAACAGCGAUUUUUCCAAGCAAACCUUUUCUCCAGAGAUGUUUCCCUGACUUCUCUACCAAAAAUGGCACUUUAACAAUAGGAAGUAGCAUGGUGUUUCAAGAUGGAAAUGGAAAGACAAGAAGUGUUAUAGAACUCAGGGAUGCUGCAAAUGGUAUUAAUAAACUACUUGAUGCAAAGUCACUUGGAUUGAAAGUCUUUGAAGACUAUGUAACAACUUGGUAUUGGAUUCUCAUUGGGCUUACGAUCGCCAUGUUCCUUAGUUGGAUAUUUUUGAUACUCCUGAGGUUCAUAGCUGGAUGCCUCUUCUGGGUCUUCAUUAUUGGUGUGAUUGGAAUCAUAGGUUAUGGAAUAUGGUACUGUUACCAGGAAUACACCAAACUUCAGGAACACCCAAGUUCUGUGUUAACUAUCUAUGACAUCGGGAUUCAGACUAGCAUAAGCAUGUACUUUGAACUGAAACAAACAUGGUUCACAUUUAUGAUAAUACUCUGCAUCAUUGAAGUGACUGUCAUCCUCAUGCUGAUCUUCCUCAGGAAUCGAAUCCGAGUGGCCAUUAUCCUGCUGAAGGAAGGAAGCAAAGCCAUUGGAUACAUUCCUAGCACAUUAGUUUAUCCAGCUUUAACUUUCAUUUUGCUCUCAAUCUGCAUUUGCUACUGGGUCAUGACAGCAGUUUUCUUGGCGACAUCAGGGGUACCUGUAUACAAAGUCAUAGCCCCAGAGGGGAACUGUAUACAUGAAAAUCAAACCUGUGACCCAGAGAUGUUUAAUACAACUGAAAUUGCCAAAGCUUGUCCUGGGGCUCUGUGCAGCUUUGCGUUCUAUGGUGGAAAGAGCUUGUACCAUCAAUACAUCCCUAGUUUCCAUGUAUACAACUUAUUUGUCUUUCUCUGGCUUAUAAACUUUGUCAUUGCAUUGGGUCAGUGUGCCCUUGCUGGUGCAUUUGCUACUUAUUACUGGGCCAUGAAAAAACCUGAUGACAUCCCACGAUACCCACUUUUUACUUCAUUUGGACGAGCCAUACGAUAUCACACAGGAUCCCUAGCAUUUGGAUCUUUAAUUAUUGCAUUAAUUCAAAUAUUUAAAAUUAUCUUAGAAUACUUGGACCACCGUCUUAAACGUACCCAGAACACACUUUCUAAAUUCCUAAAAUGCUGCCUGAGAUGCUGUUUCUGGUGUUUGGAAAAUGCAAUAAAGUUUUUAAACAGAAAUGCCUAUAUUAUGAUUGCAAUAUAUGGCAGAAACUUCUGCAGGUCAGCAAAAGAUGCUUUCAAUCUGCUGAUGAGAAAUGUUUUAAAGGUUGCAGUUACAGAUGAAGUUACAUACUUUGUAUUAUUCCUGGGGAAAAUUCUAGUUGCUGGAAGUAUAGGUGUUCUGGCCUUCCUAUUCUUCACACAAAGAUUACCAGUGAUUGCACAAGGACCAACAUCUUUAAAUUACUACUGGGUACCUUUGCUGACGGUCAUUUUUGGGUCUUACCUGAUUGCACAUGGGUUCUUCAGCGUCUAUGCAAUGUGUGUUGAAACAAUUUUCAUUUGCUUCUGUGAAGAUCUGGAAAGAAAUGACGGAUCUACAGAAAAACCCUACUUCAUAACACCUAACCUUCACGGAAUUCUGAUCAAGAAGCAACUAGUUCCCCAGAAGCAGAAAGAGUAGAAAAGCUCCAAACAGUGUCACUCAUAUUUAAGUAGAAGUUGUGUAAAUUAGGUUGAUUGUAAUUUGAAAAUGUUGCUUUUGAGUAAUGUGAAAUUUCUGUGCUUAAUUUUAAGAAGUCAGCAUCUGGUACCACCUGAGGUGUCAGGCAUUGGAUGACAUUAGCUGCUGUCUACUUUAUAGACUGUGGUCCCAACUAAAGAUCAAAAUGUUAAUGUCAAACGUUUUUUACAAUCUGUAGCCGAGAGUGUUUUAAUAACUUUUAUAACUCAGUGUGCUGUUUCCAUUGCAGCACUUUGAUAGCCUUUCUUUUUAUAAGUGUAUAUUUGUAAAGGAUAUUCAGGCAAUUUUUAAAAACACUAUAAAUGUGUAAUUUAUUAGCCAUAAAAUAUUGAUUUAUAGUUAACCAGCAUAUGGUACUAAAUUUGUAAAUAUGGUGCUAUGGUUAUAUUUAUACUGUUCAAGCUGGUGGACAACUCUCUAAACUGUGAUUAAACUUGUAUUAAUGGUUCCCUAGGAAGUAUAUUUCAGUGAGUCAAGUCCAUAACAAACAUAGAUGCUAAUGUUAUAUAGGUUCUACAGAGAGCAUUACUGGGUAAAAAUUACCGUGGAACCUUCAUAGCCCAUUCUGUUUUAUUGGAAUGAUGUUUAUAUUGAAGUCCAAUCUGAGUUCUGGAGUGUCAUUUCCAACAACAUGAACCUCUGUCCAUGGUGAAAAUGUUCUGAACAAACUGAAAUUGCUACAUAACUCAUGCCUUUUGUCUUUAACCCAAAUUUCCUAUUUCUGCUAGAUAGAAAACCAGUAUGAAUUUGUUUCAGAAGAGUGAUUAUAUCUUUUCAUGAGCAUACCUGUAUUUCUAGAUUAAAGAGAUUGUGUGGUUUUGUUCUACAAAAGGCUUAAUUUUGUCUCAACUUUCAGCAAGGAAAGAGAAAAGUAAGACACUUCAGAUUUUACCCUAAGGAAAUAUACUGUCGGCCCUCAUCAUCCUUUAUGCGACGCAUACUGCAGGUUAGGAACUCUCCCCGCAGGGCUUAGGAGGAAGGUUAUGCCCACCUGCCACCCCUGCUGGCCAGAGGUUUCUGGUAGUCAUGCAUAAGUUUUGAAUGACAGAACAAAGCACGAAUCAGACACACACAUUGCCUAGCCAUCCCCUGUGUGCGAAUGUGUAUGAUGUGGUUAAUGGUGUAAAAAUGCAUCCCAAAAGGAGCAUUGAAUCAAUGUGUAUCUUCUUGGCUUUUACCUUAAGCUUAUGUAUAAGGAUUAUGUAUGUAUUGACAGAAAGGAACAUGUUGAUCUAACAUGUUGCUCUGAAUAUCACCCAUAUAUCCAAGAAAAGAGUCAGAAAUGUAUUAUUGUGUUAUAGAUUGAUAUAAAUACUUAUUAUCUUCAAGUGUAGAAACCUAGAUUUAAAUUGACUCUGUGGCAGAUUAAUUAAUAGCAAUAAGCCAAUGAAUAGGGAAGAUUUUUAAUAUGUAAUGCUGUUGGCUUACAUUCUUGAGAUUAUUGUAUUCAAAAGUGUCUCCUGGCUUCACAUUUUGGCAAGCAGCCUUCUGCAUUCUUAUUCUUGAAGCAUAAUGCAGAGAAUAAUGACAACUUAUCUAUCUAGAUUAUUAUUUUAUUAUUCAACAAGACAAGGGGCACAACAAAGAACUAGUGGAAUAGUGACCUCUACCUGAGAAUUUGUUAUAACUAUAGAUGCCUGUGCUCUGCCUAGGAGAUUCUGAUAUAUUGUGAUUUGAUAUGAGCCGCAAUGUGAAUUAUUAUAAAGUUCUCUAGCUGAUUGUGAUAUAUAUAAAAGUUGAAAAAUUGGCCAGAUACAGUGGCUCACACCUGUAAUCCCAGCACUUUGGGAGUCCAAGCUGGACAGAUUGCUUGAGACUAGGAGUCCCAGACUAGCCUAGACAACAUGGUGAACCCCCAUCUUUAUUAAAAAUAUAAAAAUUAGCCAAGUGUGCUGGCACACACCUGUAGUCUCAGCUACUCAGGAGGCUGAAACGGGAGGGUUGCUUGAGCCCAAGAGGUCAAGGCCGCAGUUAACCAUGAUCACGCCACUGCAUUCCAGCCUGGGUGACAGAGCAAAACUCUGUCUCAAAAAAAAAAGUUGAAAAAUCACUUGACUAAAACAUAAAUCAACACAUGAAAGUAGUUGCCAAUUUAUAUUAUGGGCUAAUAUCUAGUCAGAAAAAGAGUCUCCAUUUAGUACUUAUUUGUGUAAUUCAAAUAUGUAGAAUAAAAAUGAGCAUUGUUUUUGAGAAGAUAUUUGGAAGCCAUUUUCUUGGAAAGCAAACUAAUAACUGUGAAAAAAACAGGCAAUAUUCCUCAAAACUUGCAGUCGAUCAAAACUUGCAGUCGAUGUGCUUGAAAUCUGAAAUUUCACAAUAUUUAUUUUUCAAUGCUGUACUAUCUAAAUUGUUGAUGGCAAAACAAAAUCAAUUUUAAACAAAUAUAGUAAUUUAGAAAGUAUAUUUAAAAAAUGAAGGUGAAAGUUAUUUUCUCAAUCAUGCAACUGAGAGACAUGCAAUAUUUCAGAAUCUGACCUGUUACACAGAAUGAAAUAACAUCUUAGUGACAUAACAAGGGCUGAUUGUUUUCUCAUAACUAUGUUUACAGUAACGUUGAUGCCAAAUUAUGCUGUUUUAAAAAAAUAAGUAUUUUGAACUGCUGUAAAGCAAGUAUACAGCAGAUGGCGAUGUUACUUCUCUUACAGUUCUGCUUUGAUAUUUACUCUGUACCAUUCUUCCUCCUAGUGGAAGAUUUAGAAAGAAACGAUGGUUCUCCUGCAAGACCUUAUUACGUGAGUCAACCUCUGCUGAAGAUUUUCCAAAAGGAAAAUCCACAAACUAAGAAGCAGUAGAAGAGCAAACUGGUCGUCCUACAGCUGUGUGUUACCUUUUCUCCAUCUGCUGUGUCUGUGCAACAUUUGUUUCAUAAGUGCUUUGUAUUUUGCAACACUGUAUUCACGACCUUGUUGGCUUGCAUUUGCAUGUUUUAUACCAAAGCUUAUACUGUAAUAUGUGAAGCCAUCAGAAAUCGCAAGGGAAUUGUUAAUAACAUAAAACAUUUUUAUACUAAGAUCAUUUGUUUUGUAAUUCAUUUUUAAAGAGUGGCUUGGAUGUUUUGAAAAUACUACUGAAUAUGUUAAUAUUCUUUUAAAUCUUAGAUUGAAAAAUGAUACAUUAUUUAAAUUGAUAGCUCCUAAUAUAUUUUUUAAUUUACAACUAAAAGACUUCUUCUGCAGGGAAAUUGGUCAGCAAAGUAAAAUUAAAAAUUUUAAAGCUUUUCCCACUCUUGUUGGACAGUAAAUCAGUUAAAGGACUGCCCCGCUUCAGAGUUUGCUCUCUUUAAGUAUAGAAUGUUUCCUAUUAAACAAAUUGCCAAUCAUCCAGCCUUUACUACUUCGCCCUCUGACAAAGUGCCUUACUGGCUGUUUAAUAUUACCCAGCUUUUAUGGGCAAGUUUACAAACAUUGUUUAAAAAAAAUUAAAACCUGCAAUGUUUCGUUAUUAAAACAAGUCUUAUUGCAUUUGUUUCACUCUUAGCUCACCGAUUGGAAAACAUUUGUCAUUUUGCUCUGUUGGAUAACCUCACUAUUAUAGAAUACAUUGUGCAGCUAAACAAUUUCCCUUGCGCCUAGUGGACAUUCAUGAAUGUGUACUACACGCAAGAAGAAAAAAAACAAACCCUGAAAGAACACUUGCCGGGUUUCUUUGUUUUUUUACUAAAAAAGAAGUUUAAAAAUGAAAUGUUUUCUAUGGUAGAUCUUUGAAAAUACAAUAGGUAUAAUACUGCAUUUCUCUGUGUUUUACAAAGAUCAGAAAGGGAAACUUUUAGGAAUUACAAAGGGAAACUUUACUCCUCGAAAGGGUGCUCAUGAAUGUCAUGUACUGAAUAGCUCCCUUUUAAACAAUCACUUAUUUUCAUCAAAGCCUAUUCUAUAUAUGCCAUUUCAUUUUCUAACCUUUGGUAUGAAAUAAUCAGUUUACUUACAAUAUGUUAAUUUAUUGUGCAACUAUAAACAGGAACAUAAUUUUCAAGUCAGUUUUAAAUAAUUUGAUCAGUACUACUAACUUUUAAGGAAAUUAAUUCAGUUGGUUACUCAGUGUUACAGAAAGAGUCCAUAGAAGUAUUAACCCUAAGAGAAUGUCAAUCAUAUAAUGAUAAUUUGUGAAAACAUUGAGAAUCAAUCAACAGUAAGUUACUAUCAGUUUAUAAAAUAUUAUCACAUUUGUUUAAGUGUGACUUUAGAUACUUUUAUGCCAAAAACAAACUCACAUGAGCACAUGACAGCUCUAUAAUCGGUGUGCUUCUGCUGUGCAGAAAUGGUAGAAACGUAUUGUCUAAAUAUCUUUGAUAAUUAAAAUGUUUAAUAUUUAAUGAAAUUUGUUGUUACUCAUUGUUUUAAAUCGAUUUUUUUUCUUUUAAUAAAGAUUUAAAUAAGAAA